CCCUCUCGCUGGAGGAGCUGCUGGCCAAGAAGAAGGCUGACGAGGAGGCCAAGAGCAAGCCCAAGUUCCUGACCAAGGAAGAGCGGGCGGCGGAGGCGCUGCGGAAGCGCCAGGAGGAGGUGGCGGAGACACGUCGCCUGCAGGAUGAGGAGCGCCAGAAGCGGAUGCAGUUCCAGACGGAGGGCCAGCGCAGUGUGGAGCAGCAGCGGCGGCAGCAGCGGCAAGAGACCUACCGACGACCGCAGCGGCCCGACCCGCGCGGCGACCGGCACAAACACGAGCCAGGGGGGGAGGUGAGCAAGGACAAACAGCGCGAGGAGCAGGCAAUCCGCGAGCGUUACCUGGGCCUCGUGAAGCGAAAGCGGCGCGUGCGCCGGCUCAACGACCGCAAGUUCGUGUUUGACUGGGACGCCGGCGAGGACACGUCCACCGACUACAACCAGCUGUACAAGGAGCGCCACCAGAUCCAGCUGUUCGGCCGCGGUCAUAUCGCGGGCAUCGACAUCAAGACGCAGAAGAAGGAACAGACCGAGUUCUACGGCGAACUGAUGGAGAACCGCCGAACCGCCGCAGAGAAGGACCAGGAGGUGCAGAGGCUGAAGAAGGUCAAGCGGCGAGAGGAGAAGCAGCGCUGGGACGACCGCCACUGGUCGGACAAGGAGGUGGAGAACAUGACGGAGCGCGACUGGCGCAUCUUCCGCGAGGACUACAACAUCAGCAUCAAGGGCGGUAAGGUGCCGUGUCCGAUCCGCAAGUGGAAGGAGAGCGGCAUCCCGCGUGACAUUCUGGAGGUCGUCGACAAGGCCGGCUAUCGGGAGCCGACGCCCAUCCAGCGGCAGGCCAUCCCCAUCGGCAUGCAGAACCGCGACAUCAUAGGCGUGGCGGAGACCGGCUCGGGCAAGACGCUGGCCUUCCUCAUUCCGCUGCUGGUGUGGAUCCGUAGUCUGCCCAAGAUGACGCUGAUCGAGGACCAGGACCAGGGCCCGUACGCCAUCAUCAUGGCGCCCACGCGCGAGCUGGCGCAGCAGAUCGAGGAGGAGUCCAACAAGUUCGGCUCCCCGCUCGGCAUUCGCACAGUCGCCGUCAUCGGCGGCCUCAGCCGCGAGGACCAGGGCUUCAAGCUGCGGCUGGGCUGCGAGAUCGUCAUCGCGACGCCCGGCCGCCUGAUCACGUGCUGGAGAACCGCUACCUGGUGCUCUCGCGCUGCGUCUACAUCGUGCUCGACGAGGCCGACCAUGAUCGACAUGGGCUUCGAGCCGGAGGUGCAGAAGAUCCUGGACCACAUGCCCGUCUCGAACGCCAAGCCGGAUACGGACGAGGCCGAGGACGAGGACCACCUGAUGGAGAACUUCAAGUCCAAGCACAAGUACCGGCAGACGGUCAUGUUCACGGCCACCAUGCCGCCGUCUGUGGAGCGGCUGGCGCGCAACUACCUGCGCCGGCCGGCCGUCGUCUACAUCGGUGGCGGCAGCAAGCCGGCGGAGCGCGUCGAGCAGAUCGUGCACCUGGUCACCGAGUCGCAGAAGCGCACCAAGCUGAUGGCCAUCCUGCAGAAGGGUAUCGACCCGCCAAUCAUCAUCUUCGUGAAUCAGAAGAAGGGCGCCGAUGUGUUGGCCCGCGGCCUCGAGAAGCUCGGCUACAACGCGGCCACGCUGCACGGCGGCAAGGGCCAGGAGCAGCGCGAGUUCGCUCUCGGCAGUCUCAAGGCGGGCAGCAAGGACAUCCUGGUAGCGACAGACGUGGCCGGCCGCGGUAUCGACAUCAAGGACGUCUCCAUGGUCAUCAACUACGACAUGACCAAGACCAUCGAGUCGUACACGCACAGGAUCGGCCGCACAGGCCGAGCCGGCAAGAACGGCGUGGCGGUGACCUUCAUCACGCAGGAGGACUCGGCCGUGUUCUACGACCUGAAGCAGCUGCUGGUGAACUCCCCGAUCAGCCAGUGCCCGGCCGACCUGGCCAACCACCCGGACGCCCAGCACAAGCCCGGCACGGUCAUGAACAAGAAGCGCAAGGAGGAGAAGAUCUACGUUUAGCGCCGGCCGGCCGGGGUGUGGGUACCGAGCCUCGGACCUGGGCGG